CUGAACCGGAAAGGGCCUGCCACACGAAGAGACAGGGAGUCGGCAGCAUGAAAAGGGAUCAGCCGGAGAACAGGAAGGCCUUUCUGUGGCAACACACCCUUUACCACAACUUUGAACCAAUUCCCCAGCAGGCGUGAGACUGUCCUGUCAUCAAAGAGGAGUCGAGGUCAGCUGAGGGAGAAACGAAAACAACUCCAGACCCGAACCUGACACCAAACCUCUGGAUUGAUCCGUCAGGGUGAAAGUGUCCUGCAGGGAGGCUGAGGCCAGCUGUCCGCCACUCAUCUGUUACUUUUUCUGCCGCUGCUCCUCUGUCCUCCAUCACCUCUCUCAUUCAUUCAUCCUCCUCUCUGGAUCCGGGCGAGAUAUGAAGCGGCAUCAUGGGUUUUAUGGAGUUCUACCUGGAGAUUGACCCCGUCACCCUCAACCUCAUCAUCCUGGUGGCCAGCUAUGUCAUUCUGCUCCUGGUCUUCCUCAUUUCCUGCAUCCUGUACGACUGCCGUGGCAAAGACCCCACCAAGGAGUACGCCCCCGACAACACGCCGGCGCCACCUAGCCAGUCGCCCAUCCGCCUGGUGGUCAUGCAGAACUCACCCGCCUCGGGCCGUUAUGAGCCCAACAACACGGCGGGCCACGGCGAACCGGCGACCCCGGACCUGAACCGGGAACGGGCAGAAAGGGAGAGGGAGAAGAGGAGUACCCUGGUGUGAGGAUGAGGACGAGGAGGAAGCUCUGUUGUUUUGUUUUUAUUUCUUUAAUCACUGAUGUUCCUGGAUGGUGACAACGAGUUGCUGAAGAGUCACAGGAGGAUCUUGAACUCACCUGCAAAUCCAAGAAAUUCCAAUUAAUUCCCUCUUCUGAUGUUCGUCCUCCUGCAGCAGAACAUCCUGCCUGCACAACAAAACGCUGAAGAAGACCCAACGUCCAUCACUAGAAACGCCCAACUCUGGCUCAGCCUCAUCAGGCCUGCAGAAACACCAAACCUCAUCGUUUUAGGAAGUUCAGACCUUUCCCAUCACAUUCCCUGUCCAGUCUGCCGGCUGGUGUCCAGCCACUCAAACUGAAGAAAACUAACAUGACUAUCUAGCAGAGAUGAUGUGGUUGGUGAUCACGGACAUCUGCCAGCAGGUGAUAGAAACCCAGAGAUACGUGGACAGGUUUAAUGUUUUCAGCUCAUGUGGGAAAAGGAUUAUGGAAAACUCCAGGAAUAAACAAACAAGGUGAAACAGACAGUGAACGUUUCAGUGACCAAACAGAGCCAAGAAGAAGAAAUCAUGACGACACGGCAGAGUCAGUCAGAAAACUUUAACCAUAAAUUCAUCUGUGGUGAAGUCAGAGGUUGGAAGGUCAUUAUUUUAGCAUCACUCUGCAGUCACAUCCCUCAGAUUUAUUUAAAUCACCCAACUAAUGCAAGCUAGUUGCUCUGUUAGCUGCAGCUGUUAGCUGACAGCUGUUAGCUGCAGUGCUGCGCUGAAACAAGUGAACACAGUUACACCCAGCUGGGAACAACAGAAAGACGUGGAAUAAUGUAGACAGAGCAUCCAGUCUGCAACUGCCUGGACUUCAUGGUUGUUUUAUCAAUGAAGACAGUGGAGUAGUGAACUGGAGUCAGCUGGCUAAGGUUGGCUAGGUAGUUAGCUUAAGCUAGGUUUAAUCACAGAGUCAGCUGGUCAAAGUCUUAUGUUUCAUGCAUUAACCUCUUAAAGCCCUACAGCUUUCACCUAAACAGGUUUUUAUGGAUGAAAGACGUGUUGUGGAGCAACUAUUUUACUGGACGCUUGCUGGUGUAACAGGAGCGUUUCUGCUGCAGCAUCAUCUGCUACUGGAGUACAGCAUGGCUAACUGGUCUGAAAUAAGUGUUUACUGAAUCUACAGUUAUGAUUGGAAGACGCUGUGUGGGCACGUCAGUGUGGGAUACAGCAGCUGGAGAUGUCUUCAGGUGUCGCUUCAUUUAUAUUAUAGCACCAUCUACACUCUUAACUGUGAAACUAAUACAACUAUUUAGAAGUAGCUCAGGUCACGUCUCUGCACACGGCUUUGCAGCAUCUGCAGAUGUCUAGAUUUAGGCAGUUCUUUCCAGUUUCUCUGUAGCCAUUACUGCCUCCUAUGAGGAUUCUGCUAAAGUCCACAUUGUUCCACCUGCCUUGCUGGCUGUUUCCAUCCAUAAACUCCAAGUUCCUCUGGCUGCUGCAGCAGAAACCUCCUUCCAGCUGUCUGGAUGAUAGGGCACAUCUUGAAGAUAAUGUGGGCAUUUAUUCCUACAAGGUCCAGUACGAUGUAAAAUACAGAACUCCUUUACAGAAUGCUUCCAUGUCUGAUCCAGAGAGUUGGGAAAAUAAAAUGAGAACGACACAAAAUCAUACCUUUACAUAAUAAAUAUGAAAAUUCACAUCAUUUCAGGGACGAGCAAGGCUUUAUUAUUUGAUCUGAAGUUAUUAAACAUGCAAACUGGCCGCUCUAGUGUUAAACAGUUUGGGCUGUUUUUGGGUUAUUUUGAACCUUCAGUAAGUAAAACUUCUGCAGAGGGAAGGUCCAUCCCAGCAGGAACUGACAGCUUCUGAUCACAAACCAAACAUUUCAAAACAACACUCUCUUCUGUAAAAUGUUCUUAUGGUGCAUUUUUUAAAUGACUAACUGGUUUAAUCUCCCUCACUAAACCAACCCAAACCCCCACCCCCGAUGGAUGAUCCAACCACAGCCUGUAGAGAACUUGUACCAUAGGGGCCGACGCUGGGACAAAUCCUCUUACAUAAAAAAUAAAAACAGCACAGCCAACUGAGCAACCCACCAAUAGCUGCACCUCAUCCACAAUAUGAACCGCACAAUUACCCCCACCCAUCAUAUUCCAUGUUUGGGGAUUAUAAGCCGACAGAGUAUUAGGAGCUCGUGUUGUGUGUUUGAGCUGUUUUUGUCUCUGGGGACGUGGCGUGUUGGGGUUACGUAAGCCUCAGGUUGUCAGAGAUGUGGCGUUCAGGGCCAAACUGGUGGAUCCUCUGAUGCCUUCAUGAAGUUCAGAGUCCAAAAACAGCGACAUGACAAUUUGAUGGAGGUCGGAGCCGCAGUGAGGCUGAGAAUAUACUUUUAAAUACUUUGAUAUCUGCCGAUAAUAUUAUUAGAUCAUAUAAGUUUUAAAUACGGUGAAACGAACAAUUUGUUUUCACUUCUGAGAGUUUUAGGCAAUAAAAUUGUAUGAAAACCAUCCACAGUGUGCUGCUUCUGUCUUCUGGGUCACAUGAUUGUAGCAGCCAAUCAGAUGGCAUGAUGAUAGUAUUUUAUACAAUACAGCUUUAAAGUAAGUCUUUAUCAAUAUGUUCUUUACAUUAAAAAGAUUUUUAAUUGUUAAUAAAUCUUAAGGAUGAUAAUUUUACUUUAAAAACUUAUUAUAAAUUGUGUAACAUUUUCUGUUGUUUACUGGCCAGAAUCCAUGUCUGCGUGUAUGUUCUGUCAUUGGUGUAUCAUGACCUCCGCUAAUGAUCUGACAAAUUCUCAUAAGCAAAGAAUUUUAGAUUUGUUUAUACAUAUUACGGGUAACUGGUAGGGCAGCGCCAUGAUGGUCUGCCAUCAUAAAAAAUACCGCCAGCGGCGAGGGACAAAUGGCACCAGCUACACGUUUCCCUGCUAGCAGCGCACAGUGCAGGAGGAGAAGAUAAACGAGAGGCUUACUACCGGCAAGAUGAUAAAUCUCUUAAAUUGUUAUUUAUAAAAAUGCAGGAUCAUGCACAUGCAGCAGCAGCACGGGAGCCGUUUUACCAACACUAAGAAAUCCAGAGGAUACAAAAAGGCCAAAUGGUAAAACUUGGGGCUAGCCUUCUCCAGGUGGAAGGAUCUCUACACGAAGAAAGGUUU